UUAACAACUUUUCUCAAUUAUGGCUCUUGAAAACUGUCCCAGUUACUAUGAUUCCAUACAAUUUACCCUAAAACUUAGUGGUUUAAGACAAUGACAAUAUUUAUUUUGCUCAAGAAUCUGCUGUUUGGGCUGAGGUUCUCUUGUCUUUGUUCUGCUUGAUUUUAGGUGGGCUGGCUUGAAGCCUGGGGACUGGAAUCAUUUGAAGGCUUCCUCAUUCACAUGUCUGGCCAUUGAUGUUGUCAGCUGAAACAUUCUCAAGUUGUCAGCUGAAACAUCUCCAUAUGCUCUCUUCCUGUGGUCUGAGCUUCCUCCCAAUAUGGUAACUGGGUUCUGAGGGUGAGCAUUGCAAAAGAGGGCAAGCCAGGUGGAAGCUGUAUCCUCUUUAUGACCUAGCCCCAGAAGUCACAGAGUAUUGCUUCUGCCCUAUUGGCUAGAACAGUCACAGCUGCCAGCCAGACUCAAGAGGAGGGAGUAUGGAUCCCAUCUCUCAGUGGGAAGAUGUUAGUUACAUUGUGCCGUUUGGAUAGUUCUUUAGCGGCACGAUGUACUCUGAGUGGAGGUCGCUGCAUUUGGUGAUUCAGAAUGAUCAGGGCCACACCAGCGUGCUGCACAGCUAUCCGGAGAGCGUUGGGCGAGAGGUGGCAAGUGCGGUGGUGCAUCCUCUUGGGCAGGCCUUAGGUGCCCCUUCAGUGGCUGGGAGUGAGAGUUUGUUAAAAACUGACAAAGAAGUAAAAUGGACCAUGGAAGUAAUUUGCUAUGGACUGACUCUUCCAUUGGAUGGAGAGACUGUAAAAUACUGUGUUGAUGUAUAUACCGACUGGAUUAUGGCUUUAGUGUUACCGAAAGAUUCUAUUCCUUUGCCAGUUAUUAAAGAGCCUAAUCUAUAUGUUCAAAGUAUACUAAAACACCUGCAAAAUCUUUUUGUACCAAGACAGGAACAGGGCUCCAGUCAGAUCCGACUAUGCUUACAGGUCCUGAGAGCCAUUCAAAAACUGGCCCGUGAAUCAUCCAUUAUGGCCCGAGAAACCUGGGAAGUCUUACUGUUGUUUCUUCUGCAGAUUAAUGACAUACUUCUAGCGCCACCAACUGUUCAAGGUGGCAUUGCUGAGAAUCUAGCAGAGAAGUUGAUUGGUGUUCUCUUUGAGGUUUGGUUACUAGCAUGUACGCGGUGCUUCCCAACACCUCCUUACUGGAAAACAGCCAAGGAGAUGGUGGCUAACUGGAGGCACCACCCAGCAGUGGUGGAGCAGUGGAGCAAGGUCAUCUGUGCGCUCACUUCAAGAUUGCUACGCUUUACAUAUGGUCCUUCAUUUCCUCCAUUUAAAGUUCCCGAUGAAGAUGCCAGUCUGAUCCCUCCUGAAAUGGAUAACGAGUGUGUUGCACAGACAUGGUUUCGCUUUUUACAUAUGUUAAGUAAUCCCGUGGAUUUGAGUAAUCCAGCCAUUAUAAGCUCUACUCCCAAAUUUCAGGAACAGUUCUUAAAUGUGAGCGGAAUGCCACAAGAAUUGAAUCAGUAUCCCUGCCUUAAACAUCUGCCUCAGAUAUUUUUUCGUGCCAUGCGUGGAAUCAGCUGUCUGGUGGAUGCAUUCUUAGGCAUUUCUAGACCCCGAUCAGACAGUGCUCCUCCAACACCCGUGAAUAGAUUGAGUAUGCCUCAGAGCACUGCUGUCAAUACCACCCCACCACAUAACCGGCGGCACCGGGCUGUUACUGUGAAUAAGGCCACCAUGAAGACAAGCACAGUUAGUACUGCUCACACCUCGAAAGUUCAGCAUCAGCCAUCCUCCACCUCUCCUCUGUCAAGUCCAAAUCAGACUAGUUCAGAACCCCGGCCACUGCCUGCCCCCCGGAGACCAAAGGUUAACAGCAUCUUGAAUCUCUUUGGAUCAUGGUUAUUUGAUGCAGCAUUUGUUCACUGUAAACUUCAUAAUGGGAUAAACAGAGACAGCAGCAUGACUGCCAUUACAACACAAGCUAGCAUGGAGUUUCGACGGAAAGGGUCACAAAUGUCCACAGACACCAUGGUUUCCAAUCCUAUGUUUGAUGCAAGUGAAUUUCCUGAUAACUAUGAAGCAGGAAGAGCUGAGGCUUGUGGGACACUGUGUAGGAUUUUUUGUAGCAAGAAGACUGGAGAAGAGAUUCUGCCAGCUUAUUUAUCCAGAUUUUACAUGCUUUUAAUUCAAGGUUUGCAGAUAAAUGAUUAUGUGUGCCAUCCUGUCUUGGCCAGCGUUAUUCUAAACUCCCCUCCUUUGUUCUGCUGUGACUUGAAAGGGAUUGAUGUUGUGGUUCCUUACUUUAUUUCAGCUCUUGAAACCAUUUUGCCUGACAGAGAACUUUCAAAAUUCAAAAGCUAUGUAAAUCCAACAGAACUGAGACGAUCUUCCAUUAAUAUCCUGCUUUCUUUGUUGCCCCUCCCACAUCACUUUGGCACAGUCAAAUCUGAGGUAGUCCUGGAAGGAAAGUUUAGUAAUGAUGACAGCUCUUCUUAUGAUAAACCAAUAACUUUUUUGUCACUGAAGUUGAGACUUGUGAAUAUACUAAUAGGUGCCUUGCAAACGGAAACGGACCCCAACAACACUCAAAUGAUACUAGGGGCAAUGUUAAAUAUUGUUCAAGAUUCAGCACUUUUAGAAGCCAUUGGUUGCCAAAUGGAGAUGGGUGGUGGAGAAAAUAACUUCAAGAGUCAUAGUCGCACGAACAGUGGUAUUAGUUCAGCAAGUGGUGGAAGCACAGAACCCACAACUCCUGACAGUGAAAGACCUGCUCAGGCUCUCCUGAGAGAUUAUGGAUCGACAGCUCUUAAUACAGAUUCAGCUGCUGGGCUCCUGAUUCGCAGCAUUCAUCUCGUCACCCAAAGACUCAACUCCCAGUGGCGGCAAGACAUGAGCAUAUCACUGGCAGCUCUGGAGCUCCUCUCUGGACUGGCAAAGGUGAAGGUGGUGGUUGACUCUGGAGACCGGAAGCGAGCCAUCAGUUCCGUGUGCAGCUACAUUGUAUACCAGUGUAGUCGGCCAGCUCCUCUCCACUCCCGGGACCUGCACUCCAUGAUAGUGGCGGCUUUUCAGUGUCUCUGUGUCUGGCUGACAGAGCACCCCGACAUGCUUGAUGAAAAGGAUUGUCUUAAGGAAGUGCUGGAAAUUGUGGAACUGGGUAUUUCAGGAAGCAAGUCCAAGAACAGUGAGCAAGAGGUCAAGUACAAAGGUGAUAAGGAGCCAAACCCUGCCUCUAUGAGGGUCAAGGAUGCUGCUGAAGCCACCCUAACGUGUAUUAUGCAGUUGCUUGGCGCAUUUCCUUCACCCAGUGGUCCUGCCUCUCCUUGUAGUCUGGUGAAUGAGACCACUUUGAUCAAAUACUCCAGACUGCCAACCAUAAACAAACAUAGUUUCCGGUACUUUGUCUUGGAUAACAGUGUCAUCCUGGCAAUGCUGGAGCAACCUCUUGGAAAUGAACAGAAUGAUUUUUUCCCCUCUGUCACUGUGCUCGUCCGGGGAAUGUCUGGAAGACUUGCUUGGGCACAACAACUUUGCCUUUUACCCAGAGGAGCAAAAGCAAAUCAGAAGCUUUUUGUGCCUGAACCUCGUCCAGUUCCUAAAAAUGAUGUUGGAUUUAAAUAUACUGUGAAACAUCGACCGUUUCCUGAAGAGGUGGAUAAGAUUCCUUUUGUGAAAGCAGAUCUGAGCAUUCCAGAUUUGCAUGAAAUCGUCACGGAAGAAUUAGAAGAGAGACAUGAAAAAUUAAGGAAUGGCAUGGCCCAGCAGAUCGCUUAUGAAAUACACCUUGAGCAACAAAGUGAGGAGGAAUUGCAGAAGAGAAGUUUUCCUGAUCCAGUUACAGAUUGUAAGCCCCCACCUCCUGCCCAGGAAUUCCAAACAGCACGUCUUUUCCUUUCACACUUCGGAUUUUUGUCUUUAGAAGCAUUGAAGGAACCUGCAAACAGUCGUCUACCUCCUCACCUUAUUGCACUUGACUCCACGAUACCUGGAUUUUUUGAUGACAUUGGGUAUCUGGAUCUCUUGCCAUGUCGUCCCUUUGACACAGUUUUUAUUUUCUAUAUGAAACCAGGUCAGAAAACAAACCAGGAGAUUUUAAAGAAUGUGGAGUCUUCCAGAAAUGUUCAGCCACAUUUCCUAGAAUUUUUGCUCUCCCUUGGCUGGUCAGUAGAUGUGGGCAAACACCCUGGCUGGACUGGGCAUGUUUCCACCAGUUGGUCUAUUAACAGUGGCGAUGAUGGUGAAGGACCUGAACAAGAUGAAGUGAUUUCCUCUGAAGAUGUUGGGGCUAGCAUUUUCAACGGACAGAAGAAGGUGCUGUAUUAUGCCGAUGCCCUUACAGAAAUAGCUUUUGUGGUUCCUUCUCCUGUGGAGUCCUUAACUGAUUCACUGGAAAGUAACAUCUCAGACCAAGAUAGUGAUUCAAAUAUGGAUCUUAUGCCAGGAAUUCUGAAACAACCAUCCCUGACACUUGAGCUUUUCCCUAAUCACACAGACAAUCUUAAUUCCUCACAGAGGCUCAGUCCCAGUUCCAGAACGAAGAAGCUGCCGCAGGGUCGCCCCGUGCCUCCCCUCGGACCCGAGACAAGAGUUUCUGUAGUCUGGGUGGAACGCUAUGAUGAUAUAGAAAACUUUCCCCUCUCAGACCUGAUGACAGAAAUCAGUACUGGUGUGGAAACUACUGCAAAUAGUAGCACUUCUCUGAGAUCUACUGCUCUUGAAAAAGAAGUUCCUGUCAUCUUCAUCCACCCUUUAAACACUGGAUUAUUCCGGAUAAAAAUUCAAGGAGCCACUGGAAAAUUUAACAUGGUCAUCCCUCUUGUGGACGGGAUGAUUGUCAGUAGGCGAGCGCUCGGUUUUCUGGUGAGGCAGACUGUAAUUAACAUUUGUAGAAGAAAGAGACUGGAGAGUGACUCCUACAGCCCACCACAUGUCCGCCGGAAACAGAAGAUCACCGACAUUGUCAACAAGUACCGGAAUAAACAGUUGGAGCCAGAGUUUUACACUUCACUUUUUCAGGAGGUUGGACUCAAGAACUGCAGUUCUUAGACCACUAUCUGUCUAGGACUAUUGAACUCUAGUUUGGGGCUAUAAUAUCAAAGCAAAGCAAUUUGAUAGGUGAUCACUGUAAAAAUAAAUCACUCCCCAAGAGCUUACUGUAUAAUCACCGGAAUAGAAGAGACACAUUAUAAACCCAUUUGAGAGAAGACUUUUUGGCUUUUUAGUGAAAUGGGCUCCCAGACACAAUCAUAUUCCUGCUGGUAAUGAUGAUACACAUUUUAGCCAUAAACUUUUCUUUCAAAAGUGACAAUUUUAGUUAAAUUACAAGCCUUUUGAGGAGAAAGGCUUUUUUGCAUCUCAGUUAAACAUGUGCAUUGGUAGUUUCAAAUUUGCAAAUUAGAAGUUGAAGAUAGUUUUAUACCUCACUUUUUAGGAGGUUGUGUUCAAAAUUAAAAUCUGUCUCAGAAUCGUCCAGGACACUUAAAGACUCAUGUUGCUAGCAUGGAGGAGAAGGAAGGAGAUCUCAACUUUCUGCUCACUCGUAGGUCCAUUUGUCAUCCAUCUGUCAUCCAACAAUCGUACUGACAGAAAGGAACAGAAGUGUUUUUUGCUCAGUCUAAUAUUAAAAUAUUUCAUAGUUUCUAGAUUUCAAAAAGUUAUUCUCAUCACUGCAAAGGUCUGUCUGAAGGCCUCAGUUUCUGGGCAGUCCAGGAACGGAUCUGAAAUGGAGGCACGGCCUGGUCCUUUAACAGGGAUACAGAUGGAGUUUGUGGAGUUAAAAGUCAGAAGUGACACCUCCCCCCUCUUCAUUAUUGUCUAGCUCAGAGACAAAACAACAGGUUAACCGUUUGUAAUUCCUUGGUAAUUUCUUGGUUAAAUAGUAAGAAAUAUAAAUUCAUGGCACAGGUUUAAACAUUUUUUGGUUUCAACCCUUGUCUCUUAUUUCAGGACCAAGCAGGAAACUGCAGUAGUUUAUGAAGGAUUCUAAUUUGGGGUUCAGGAAAUAGCCUCUCCAUGCUCCUAAUUCAGAUCUCUCUAGAGAGCUGCUGGAUUUCAUCAUAAUUGACAAACAUUAGAGACCACCUCCUGGGGUGGCUGCUUUUAGAAACAGCUAUUGUCAUAUUUUCUGGACUUCGCCAGCUGAAGGCGUGGCAGAUCCUUGCCCAGGUUUUUUAAAUACUUCUGUUACCUCGCUGCUACUUUCCUGCCAAGGAUAAAUGUUCUGAGGUGGCCAGACCCAGAACACCCUUACAAGGAUUCCUGUUACAGUGCUAGGGUGUACACUGCUCAUUUCUCCUAUUCUUAUGUUUAUUAAGAAUAACAUAAGAAUAUUUAUGUUAUUUUCUUUUUUAUUAAGGUUAUUUUGUGCUAAGAAGAUAAGUGACAUUUAAAAGUCCAAAGAGGAAUGAUCACAAUUGUGUAAGGGGUGAUUUCCUAUUUGAACUCUGAUGUCAGUAGAUUCUGUAGGUCAGGACUACAGUGAGCUGUUUGGUUUGAUGUUUUGGUAGUUUACUUAGAGGACAGGGGAUAGUGUAGGACCUAACUCCCAGUGCAGAUAUUUCUAUUCCAGAAGUAUAUAUUGAUAUCUAGGAGCAAGAAAUGUGGGCAUAGCAGCUCUCCAAGUUUGCCUCACCUUUUUUCUUCCUGUUUGUUUUAAGCUCAGGUAAAGGUAACCUCCUUCUAUGACUCCAGUUUCCAUUCAGGGUAUAACAUUUGAUUUUCUUUUUAAUCUGGGCAAUAAACUGAUGUUCCCCCAAAUAAUAAUAAUAAAUUGAUGUUCCUCGAUGGUAGCAGUGGGGGAGGGGGAUGUAUGAUUAGUAAGUUUUACUCUUAAAUUAGUUGCCCAGCUACUAAGCUAUAGAGUGAGGUUUAACAACUUUCAUGGAAAUUCCAGAUUGACAUUUCUUGGGGGGAAAAUGGGCCCUUCUUUCUAAUAGGUGUGGGCAAAGAAGGCUAUAAAUUAAUGUGCAACUUGUAACAUUCCAGAAACUAAAAAUAGCUGGUGUAGGUAUGCCUCCUCAGUGUGACCCUUGAGAUGACACUUUGACCUUUGGCGUAGUUCUACUGUCAGGAAAUCGUACUGUGGUGUACGUGUUAGUGGUGGGCUUCAUGAUGCUUCAGUUUGCUCUGAUUUCUGACAACUCUUUGUAAUUCUAAUGGCUUUGAUAAGUCAGAGAACAACUGUGUUGAGUGCAGUUAUGAUCUGGAAGACUCUGUGGUCUUCCAGGGAAGACGGGAUGGAAUCAGGGCUGUGCUGCUCCCAGAGGCAUGAAACCCCAGUAUAUACAGCACAGAAUACAGGGUACGCACACUUCAUCAGGUGCUGGCUCCUUCUGCUCAAAUUCACAUCUACCUAAAAAGGGAGUGUGGUGAGUACGCUUGGACCUUUCACUAGUGUAGGUGUGAGUUUCAUGGUCACUGAGCUCUCUCAACUGCCUUUGUAAAAAUCACUUUGAGUAGAAUAACGCCAGAGGGGCAUAGUUAGUCCCAAGAACAACCUUUAAUAGUCUACUUGACGUUUGCUAACAGAGGUUCAGAACCUCUGGGGGGUCUUUGGCUUGGACAGUUCGGUCGCUGUGACAGGUGACCCAGGUCAUGGAUGAGUGUCACGUUGGUGACGAGGAGUGUAUUACCCAAGGCCAGGGGCAGGUAGCCCCGCGUAGCCCCUUCUCACGUUUGAGGGGAAGGGGCUCUCUCCCCCGUCUGCCUGAGAGCACCAAGGACGCUGAGGAGGGCUUUUGCGUUUUCCUGUUCAGCCAGCUCUCUUUGUCCAGUGCUUCUUCCUGAGACCCCCUCCUAUCCAUUGGCCCUUUGACAGGAAUCGUUACUGGUAGGUUGACCCCCUCCCUUCCUGGCAAUACAUACACAACACGCAUGCACGCUGUCCUGCAUUUCCACGUCCUCAGCUGCCCUGAGGCAGCCCUUUGGACUCUAUAAAACAAAAUACGUCUCUGGGCCAGUAACGUCAGUUCCCUACAGGUUGCACAUGUGAAGCCUUCAUGAGUGGUUACUUCCUAUAUACACUGAGGAAACAUUUGUCAAGUUCUGCAGAGUGAUUUUUAGAGAAGCAGAGUCUUCAAGAGUACUUAACUUGCAUUGGAAGGUAGAACUUUACCCAAAGAAAGUGGAAGUCGGCCUUGCUCAAAGACAUGUUUCGCACUGGACAGUAAAAAAAUGUAUCAGAGGUAAUUUGACACUCCUGCUGGUUGUUCUUCAUUCAGCAUUUUAAAACCUGUUCUGGUUAUAUUUUUCCAAAAAGAAUUGGUUUACAUGUUUACAUAAAGCGGUAAGUUGUGUUAGAUGGUCUGAUUUAGGGAUUUCCAUGACAACCUCUUGUCCCGACAUGGAGAGAUGGGAGGUAAUCCACCCAUUUAGCGUGGAAUCAAACUGGGUUCUCAGUAGCAAAAGAAGCCAUGUACUGUAUAGUGUUUUUCUCAGAAUAUCAACUCAUGUUUUUUCAGAUGCUUUUCUUUUUUUAACGGUGAGGGAAAGGUAUAAUUUGGGAUUCCACAGUGCCUUGCAUACAGUAGGCGCCCAAUAAAUAUUUGUUGACGCAAACCAAGUUUCCCAAGUCCUUGUCUCUUGCAGUGACCAAGAACAUCUUUCUCCUCUGAAGGGCUUGGCAGUUGUGGCUAAAAAUAAACAGUAUCAUUAUUUGCUUGAAAUCAUAUACACAAUUUGUAUGAAUUUUGGUAUGUUGCCAAGACAUGAUCUUUUUCUUAUUGUAUUUUCUGUAAAUAUUUCUGGCACUGAACUGUAAAGUAAAGGCAAAAUGUAAAUAUGAAGGUGUCCCGUGUACCCUCGCCUCCUGUGUUUCCUCUUCGUCGGUUAGGGAAGAAGGCCCAGAGGCUUGUUUGUAUUUAUGCAGACCCUUUGUCCAGAAGAAACCCAUGGAAUAUUGAAUGUAAUACAUUUAGUCAAUUAAAUUUUAAGGAGAUUCUUAUCUAA